UAAAGAAUAUGUUGAUAAAGAAGUAUGGAAUAUUACAGGAGGAUUAUUUCCUUUAAUACCUUCCACAUCAAAUAAUUACAAUUAAUAAUCAGAAGAAAAAGAUGCAAGAUAAAAAAAAUGGGUGUAUAAUUAAAUAAUAUAAAAAAAUUAAUAAUUAUCUUCAAUUUAUCAUUGGGUAACAUUAGCAGAUAAAGAAAAAUUAUUUUCAUGUGAAAAAUUUAAUAUAAAAAUUGAAUUAGUGAAAUUUACAGAAGAUGAAUUUAAUUAAUUUUUAAAAGUAUAAAAAAUUUAUAAUUUAAAUAUUAAAAAUUAAAAUAGGAGAUUGAUUAAUUGUGGACAUAUGAAGAGACUAAAUAUUUGUGGGAUUUAUGUUAUGCUUUUGAUUUGAGAUUCAUAAUAAUUCAUGAUAGAUAUAACCCAAAAUAUUAAAGAACAAUAGAAGAUUUGAAAUAUCGAUUUUAUUAAGUUACAAGAAAAAUGCUUGAAGUAAGAAAUUAAUAGGCACAUCCUUUGUAUAAUUAUAAAUAUGAUCCUGAAUAUGAAAAAAUAAGAAAAUUCGAAUUAGAAAAGUAUUUAAUGAGGACUAAAGAAAAAACAGAAGAGGAAAAAAAUCUUAUUGAAAAUUUAAGAAGAAUCGAAUAAGUUAUUAGAAAAGAAGAAAGAGAACAUUAAACAUUAUAAAAAAUGCUAAAAGAAUAAAUAGGAGAAGAUAAUGUAUAUUUUAUUUUUAUUUUAAAUAAAUUUAUUUAAACAAAGGAUUUAUUUGAAGAAGAUUGUGUUAAAAUCGUUUAAACAAUUUAAGAAUAAGGAAAAAGAGAAAUAAAUAAUCCUAUGGAAAGUAUAUGUUAUUUAAGAGGAAAAUGGUUAAAUGAACCUCUUCCUAUUCCUGAAAAAAUGAAUAAAAAAUUAAAUAUAGUACUAAGUGAAUUAAGUGUACCAAAUGAUUUUAUUGCAACAGAAGCUAAUGAAUAAUUAUUUGAAGAUUUAAGAGAAAAUAUAUUUAUUAUGUUUAAUUACUAAAAGACUAAAUAAAAAAAAGAAAUGGUAAUAAAAAACAAUUAAAUGAAAAAAAAAAUUUAGAAGAAAAAAAGAAAAAAAUAUUAGAAGAAUUAUCAUUACUAGACAAAUAAUUAUAAGAAAGCCCAAGUAAAUUAUUAGAAAAAAGAAAUGUUCCUUUUAACUAAUAAGAUAAUUAAGACAAAUUAAAUAAAAAAAUUAAAUAAUGAUAUUAUUAUAUUUUUACUUUUUAAGUUUUAUAUAUCAAAAAAUUUUAAGUAUAAUUUUUAUUUUUUUCAAAUAAAAAAAUAAAGUUUUAAUUUUUAAAUAAAUUUAUAUUUUUUUGGUUUUUAAAAAUAAAAUAAGAAUAAUUAAAUAUUUUAUAAUAUUUUUUUUUUAAAAAAAUAAAAAAUCAUUUAAAUAUAUAAAACAAUUUUUUUUUUUUUUUGGUUUAAACAAAAAAAUUAAAUAAUAGAAUAUAUUUUUCAAAAUCUUUAUUUUAUAAUUUCUUUCCAAAAAUAUAAAAAAUCAAUUAAACUUAAUUAAAAUACAAUUUCAUAUUAUCACAUCCUAUAUUAACUAAUAUUAAAAAGCGAACAUAAAAAUGCAAGAAAAUGUUUUAAUUAUCCCUAAUAUAAAAAUUAUAUUAAGAAUUUAAACUAAAAUAUCCUCUAUUUUUUUUUUAAUUAUUUCUUUUAGUUUUUAAUUUACCGGUUUAUGUGGUUCAUUGACAUUAAUAGAUGUUUUUUUAUAUAAUGCAAAAUACUUCUGGAAUCUCCUGCGUCUGAGAUAUAAAUGAUUUUUUUAUAAACAAAGGCUAUGCUAUACAACCUGCUUAUGCAUUAUUUUAACAAGUCCUUUUGA